UUAUGUCAAGGUAGUGAAAAUGUUAAAUGGAAAUGUGUGAGCUGUCAACUAUUACUGUGCAAUACUUGCAAAUCAAAUGUUCAUUCAAAAUUUAAACUUGCUGAUACUCAUAUCAUCAUCGAUGUCAAAGACGUAGGGACAAGUAUUGAAGACUCUUCUUCAGAAAUCGAAUAUGGAAAGUGUACUUUGCACAGAAUCAAGGAAACGUGUUUGUAUUGUAGAGACUGCAAUAGUCUUGUUUGUUUGAAAUGUGUAUCCGAAACACACCAACAACACUUGUUAAUUGAUACUGAUCAAAUAUACACGGAGAAAGAAAGCCAAGUUUCAAAUCUUAUUGAGUUGUACAAACAGAGAAUUACGUCAAUUACAAAUAUCAACAAAAUCUGUCUGAAAAAAUAUGAAGAAUCCAAAGAGAAAAUAAUCAAAAGAAAGGAAGAUCUGACAUCAUUAUUGGAUGACCAUUCAAAACAUAUGUUAUAUCAACUAGAGGAAAAAUCUAAAAAUACGGACUUCGAGUGUAAGUUAGAAGAUUUGAGCAAAACUUUAGAUCUACUGCAAAAAUGUCAACUAUCAAAACGUGCAGAUUUAUUAAUAGAAACCUUAAACACCAUUCAAGACAUAGAUUUACAUCAGGAUCUUGCAGAACGCUUCCCUAGAUUUGUCAUGGGAAGGCCAUUACCAUGCAAAAUAAUUGAAACGUUCGGUUCAUUUCAAGAAGAAAACGUUGUAGAUCCUAACGAGGAAAUAGAACUGUUGUUGGAGAGUUCUCACUCUACAUCGCUUAAAAUGAUCAAGCGAAUAGUAGAAAUUUCAGAUGAGAAAUGUUAUGUCUUUGAUGAGUCGUCUCUUUAUUGUCUUGAAUUUAAGAAAGAAGAAAAGGUUCAUAUAAAAAAGAUUGCCGAUAUUAAAGCUUUUGAUAUUUCUCUUUUAAAGUCCAAUGAAAUUUUGAUAGCAAUGAAAACAGAAGGAAAAAUUAUGAUUCUAAAACAUUCACUUAAGAUGAAACUAUUCCACUCUUGUUCAGGUCUUUUACCAAGGGGAAUACAUAUUUCAAAAGACGAUAAAGUUAUUGUCGGAGUUCGAGAAGAAGGUGAAUUAGGACUUUCGGUAGAUGAAGAUUGCAAACGGCAAAUAAAAAUACUUGACAUAAAUGGACUAGAGGAAAAUGUAUUUGAAUAUGACAAAGAAGGAAAACGCAUUGUUUCAAUGCCGAUGAAAAUAAAAACAAACGCUGACGAGGAUAUGUUUAUUAUUGAUAGGAUUUCAAAACUCGAAAGGCGCAUUAUAUUCUUGACUAAAUAUGGUAAUGUUUCCUGGGUGUAUAAAGGGGAAGAAUCUGCAAAAUAUUUGUUUCAACCAUGGGAUCUGGUCGUUAUUUCACAUCUUGAACAGCAAUGGACAAUUGCUAAAAAUACACAGUUCAAUUGA